UGUUUUUAAUCAAAAAUAAUUUCAAAAAGUAAAAAUGAUUAUGGCAAAAUUAAAUGGCAUGGUUAUUUUUUGCUUAGUUCAACUUACGUUGAGCGAAGAUCGAAUAUCCGUGGAUACAGUAGGAACAAUAACAGCUACUGCGGGUUACUCUAUAGCAGAUAAUCACUCUCCUACUAUUAAAAGUCUGACUUCAAGUAUAGAAUUUUCUGGUGACCACGAUUCUUCUAAAGAAUCGUCUUCGUCAAGUGAAUCUUAUUCGUCAUUAACGCCUAGCCUCCGAAGUUCACAAAGCUUGUCGUUACGAUCCAGACAAGCCAGAGGCAAAUCACCGAGUCAGUCGUGGAGCGCUGAAGAAAAAGACCUCGGUAAUCCAUCUUUUUCAUUGACCGAUCACCGACUAAAUGAACAGCUAUAUAGUGUUAAACCUCAAACGUUUGAAAACCAAUCGCCACAAUUAUCUGAUGUAAAGAGUAACGAAAGUGUCGAGAAGUCAUCAAUAACGUAUGGAAAAAAGAUGCAUAAAAACGACGGGCACGACGAUCGACCGGUUUUCAACGAUUGGUCCGAAGAAGUACACAUGGCAUUUGACAAUAAAUCAAUUAGAUCACGUCGAAAGAAUAAACACCAAUUGGACAGUGAACAGGAAAAAAGGAAAACGCAGAACAAAAAAUUAACGGAAAAUGGUAGUAAUAUUAAGGAUGGCUGGCAAGAAUUAAGUCCCAAUAUGGAAAUCGCUACUGGCAUUAUUACAUCUGUUCAAGAGCACGAUACUUCACAAGAAUCAUCUGGUAGUUCAGAAUUGUUCAAGGCCCAUCAUCAUCCGGACCUGUUCCACGAGGACGGCGUUUCCAGCGCGGAGGACGCGGUACACCAGACCGAACCGCAGAACUUCGAUCACAAGCAGGUGCUAUCGAAAAUGAAUCAUUUCGACUUCAGCAACGCCGUGCCGCAGGGCAACAAGACGCCGCCGCCCAGGGAGAAGCGGUUGAACUACUUGCAGCCGGGCGGGGGCGGCCCGCCGCCGGUGGCCAGGUACCCGUUCAGCGGCGCCGGGCCACUGCAACAGCCGUCGCAGCAGAUGCAGGUGGUCGGGCCGUCCUCGCAGCCGCACCCGGCCGCGGUCAACGCGGCCACCGCCAAGGCCGUGAAAAUCGAACAACCGUCGGCCACGCCCAACUACCAUAGCAUAGUGGUGCCCAUACCUAUAUCGCACCAGAUGUACGCGUCCAUCGGCGGCGACCCGACAUCGCCCGUCCACGGCCACCAGUUGGCCAGCAGCACAGUGCAACAGGCGAUGAUGUCGCUGCCGGUCGUGCACAACGUGUUCUUCAAGACGGACGAGAACGGCGGCGGCAAGAUCAUGCCGGCCAUCGUGAUACCGCUGAAACCAGAAUACCUGCAUCAGUUGCAGCAACAGCACUACGCGCACGCGCAACAGCAACACUCGGCGGGCGACGACUCGCUGAAUGCUGCCGGCCACCAGCGGCCGGUGCACCAGGGGGCCGGCAAGGCGUUGCAGUUCCAGCAACUCCACCACCAGCAGCUGCAGCAGCAGCAACAACAGCAACAGUCGUCCGCGUCGCCGACGCCGUACGCGCAAAAGCCGAAAACUGGCAAAGUCAAAAAGCCGUUCGGCCUGCAGAUGAAGGACAACGACCUGCAACACCGCGUCAAGCAGCCGUUCAGCCUGCAACACCAGUUCUACAACAACCCGUUCGCGGCCGGAGGCGGGGCCGUCGGCCACGUGCAGCUGCACCACGCCGGCCACCAGCAGCAACACGGCGGCGGCCAGCAACAUCCGCAGCACGACGCGCCCGACGACUCGCGGUACGCGCAGACGGCCGCCGCGCCUGAUUCGGUUCCCAUCCACGCGUUCCCGGGCGCCGGCCACCCCAUCGUCGUCAAGCGGCCGCACGCUUACGGUUACGCGUCGCCCACCUCGCCGACGGCCACCAAGUACUCGCAGACCGUAAACAAAUCGCCACAGCUCCACCACCACAACCACAACAACCACCACCAUCACCCCCACAACAACAACCUUCACCAUCACCAUCAGCAGCAGCAGCCGUCCACCGAGGAACUGGCCACGGCCAUCGCGCAACAGCAACUGUUACAGCAGCCGUACAAGGCGACCACGUACCAUCCGGGUUACGCGUACCUCAACGGGCCGGACGACGAUUACCCGUACAAGCCCAUUUACAAGGACAUGAACAAGCGCAACGACGUGCUGGUCGUCCGGACGUCUGACGGUCGCAAUUGAUUGGACGAUGACCUACGGCGAUCGCGAUUUCACACCGACCUAUUACCCACAUUAUAUUAUUGAUAUAUGUCUUAUACGCUAUAAGAGUGUGUUAUUAAUUAUUAUAAUUAUAUACACGUAUACGUGGGCAGGCACUACUACGUUGGCACUUUGGAGUGAAGACGUUUGAGGAGAGUUAACCAGUGUGGCAUUUUUUUUCUUCAUAUUUUGAUAUCAUUUUUUUUUGGUUUGCAUGCUAUACAAUUAUUGUUAAUCGCGGAAAGGAAGAACCCUCCCACAAAUAAGUAUUUUCUCGUGCGCGUGCCCGUGUAUACGCAUAUAUUAUAUUAUUAUAUAUACGUCCUGUAUAAAGACUAAAAUGCUAAGAUAAAAUAACGUACAUUACUAUUGUUAUUAUUUUAAUGCGAUAGAUUAUUAUUUAUAAGUAUCUUUAUAUUAUAUUUUAUGCGAAAAUAUUUUUUUCGAGACGUAUUAUAGUAAUUAUAUUGUAAUAUCAUAUUGUGCAACUCGCCAUAGUAUUCGCGAACAAUAAAUCAAUAUAUAAUACAUUACAUAAAUAAUACUUCAAGGAAAUAAUCUAAUAUUUUUAUUCUAUUCAAAUUCCGUUUUACAAGUACACCGUCCAAUAACAUUAUUAAACACAGUAGCUCAUGUCCCAACAGUCCACCAUAUUAAUAAUUAUUGUCGAACAAAUUAUCAUAUUAAUAUGUGCGAAUACUUUCGAUUAAUCGACUGCAAAGUCGUACAGAAUGCAAAUAGCUGAGCUACGAAAUUUUCCGACGGCACGUGAUGGUGUCAUCAAUAGUAAUAUGAGUGUAUUACGUUCUACAUUUUGGUUUAUUGCCAAAUCCUCCAAACACACGUUCGCAUCGUUUUGACCACCCCUUUUUUAAGUCAACACCCUCAGCUAGAUAACUAAUGCCAAAUUUUACGCUUGCGGAAUGUCCCGACUGCGUUUGCGCUGCUUUCACAGGUUAAUAUAUAUAUAAAUAUAUAUACGCGCACAAUAUGUCCGUAAUAUUAUUCCAAUUCGCCCAUUAAAAUACGAUUUCCAAGAGAAAUGUAGUAGAAUUAGUGUACCUAUAAAUUGAGUAAACACACACACACACACACACACACACACAUAUAUAUAUAUAGUAAGUGGUCAUUGCAGCAUAUUUUUUUAACACUAUCAACAAAAUGAAAUGCGAACACACCGAUUUGCGCACGAUUAUACCAGCUCGCGAAUCCGUUACGAUGUUAUUUCGUCCGUCAUUAUUCGACGGAAUUGUAUCAUUAUUCCGUAUACAUGCCCAUUAAUAGAAAUAUCAAAUUCGUUUCAAAAUCAACGGACCUUGUCGUUUUCGUCUUGUAAAUGCUGUUAUUUCGCAUGACCGCGUGUACCUAUGCAGUUAAUGAUUCGAACGGUUAAUAUCGUGUUUGAAUAUUUAUAUCGUACAAUAGAUAUUAUAUAUUACUAUUUCUAUACAUAGUAUUUUUAUUUUUACGAUAUUAAAAAGUUUUUCUAUU